AUGGAGUCGGUGAGCAGAGCGGGGCAGGAGAUCAGCCUGGCGGCUCUGAAGCAGCACGACCCCUAUAUCACCAGCAUCGCCGACGUGACCGGCCAGGUAGCGCUCUACAGCUUCAGCCCCAAGGCCAACGAGUGGGAGAAAACCGACAUAGAAGGGACCUUAUUUGUGUACAAAAGGUCAGCUUCUCCUUAUCAUGGUUUUACGAUAGUGAAUCGACUGAACAUGCACAACCUGGUUGAACCAGUAAAUAAAGAUCUGGAGUUCCAGCUCCAUGAACCUUUUCUUCUCUACAGAAAUGCUAGCUUGUCAAUUUACAGUAUAUGGUUUUACGACAAGAACGACUGUCAUCGAAUAGCAAAACUCAUGGCUAAAGUGGUAGAACAAGAAGCUCAGAGAUCACAGCAAGUUUCCCAGGACAGAAAAAGUCCCAGCAGAACCAAUGGCUGCAAUGAAAGCAGGCCCAUUGACAUCCUGGAAAUGCUUAGCAAAGCCAAGGAUGAGUAUGAACGAAAUCAAAUCAAUGAUUUAAGUAUUAUAUCAAGUUCUGGAAUGCAACAAAAUGCAAACCCUCCAAAGCCAGAAAGCACAGAGCCUUCAGAACAAAAGACUUCACUGCUAGCACAAGAGCAGCCAUUUCAGUCAAGGCAGAAGCAUCUGACUUUGGAGGAACUCUUUGGAACCUCUGUACCAAAGGAACAGCCUACAGCUUCGUAUCCCAAUCCAGAGAGACUGGAGAAGUUGCAGAUGGACACCUCUGCCAGAGAGCAGCACAAUUUGCUCUUGCCUUUUUCCUUUGACCAGUCAACAGUAAUGCAACAAUCCCUAGAGAAAUCUGAAAGUCCCAGCGUUAAAAGCAGUGCCAAUCCUUUGACUCGGCAGGAAUGUCUAACACCUAUGCUAAUACCUCCAGUGUCAGUCUCCCAGCCUGAUAUAAAAAAUGUUUCAAGCUAUUCGGUUCGUUUAAGCCCUGUUCUUAAUUCAGCCUCAGCAGUGGAAACUGGCUCUGUUCAGAUGCUUCCUGGCCUAAAACAAAACAGCAUAAUGCAAGUUAUGCAGCAAGCUGCCAAGCAGAUAUCCCCACUAGUGAAUCAGCCACCAUCGGAAGUGAACCACGCUCCACAAAACCUAAUGGCUGGUCAAAGCCAGCUUAUAGCACCCUUGACAUCAACAAACACAGGAACUGGUUCAAAUACAUCCCAUACAAGUGUUGAUCUUCUCCAGAAACUCAGGUUGACCCCACAGCAUGACCAAAUGCAACAGCAGUCACUCACUAAGACUUCCUUAACGCCAAACAUCUCUGCCUCCAUUGGCCAACUUGCAACACCAGAAAGCUUCAAAGAAUCUCACAGUAAGCCAUCAACCUUGAACAGCAAGAUAAUCUCUCCCCUUCAGACUGUACCACAAAACAAGGACUCGGAAGUAUUUCCACAGCCGAAGACUUUGUCUAAAGCAAGUCAAGUUGCAGCUCCACAGUUUGUUACAGCAACAACUACAGUAACAUCUUCAGUCCUCUUGUCUCCUAGUGUUUUUCAGCAAUCAGCUACAAAAGCCACUGAAGUGGAGAAUAAAGUCAAUUCUUCUUCACCUUUAACACUUGGAACAACAGAAGUUCAGACUAUACCUCCUACUGUUCUUAGUAGGUCUCAGCUUCAAGAAGCACUGAUACAUCUAAUAAAGAACGAUUCUCAUUUCCUCAGCACUAUUCAUGAAGUCUACUUGCAAGUCCUAACCAAGAAUACAGAUAACAUUAAGCUAUAAUCGAAGAUAAAUCUACUCAAAAUAUAUCAAUUUUAGAAACAAUUAUGCCUCAUCUAUAAAACUAAUAUUUUUGUAAAAGAAUAUUUAGUUUUCAAUGUCCUGAAUUUGAAUCUGUUAGGAAAGACUAUUCCUUAAAUACUUAUGAAAAUAAUGUUCUCAGACAUGAUCUAGGUUUUCACUGUGAUCAUCACCAGCAAACCUUUGGUUUAAGUGGGAGGGAACUUAAGUUGCAUUUGAGCUCUCCCAUUAGCAUUAAGUGAAUGUGCAAAUGUUUGCUCUGGCUGUCAUUCCUAGCUGUAUUUACUGUUCAAGGAUUUACAGACUCAAUAUAAUUUAGACCAGCAAAUACAUAGUACAGUACACUACACCAUACCAGAACAAAAUUCAGUUGUGGGAAUCUAGUUGCAGUUUGAAAGACUAAGGAAAAGGAGGUCGAAAUGUCUUGUGCUUAAGUUGACAGGUGUGGGGAAGGAACAGAUCUGGAAUCCAGACCUUUGGAGCUAAAUCUUUAACAAAAGAUUUAAAAGAGUGAUUUACUCAAUACACCGACAGUCUGUAGCUAAUGCAUGUAAAUUCAUCUUUUAAAUAUUCUAUUAAUCUUAUUUGCUUCUGUAUGAUCAACAUUAAAAAGGCAUCCAAUUAAGUAAAGCUAUUAACUCUGAAGAGGCGACGUUUGAAAUAUGCAAAAUCCUCAGUGAUUGUAUUUGUUUUUCUUCUUAAGGCAACAGAGUUGCAUGUUGAAAUUCUCUUGUUUAAAAUUUAUAAUUAGGAGACCACUUCAAGACUGUCUUCCUGUUCAGCAGUGUUUGAUGCAGUUUAAACACUUUGUUACCCUUUUAGCUUACUGAAGGAUCAUGUAAUAGUUGGCUUUCAUUCCUCAGUUGCCUUGAAACUGCAGUGUUGGAAACUAUGCAGAUGGGGAACAACUCUGUGCUUUUCUUCUGGUGCCCCCUCCCCACAUUGUUAGUGUAUGUCAUAAUUUGAAGUUUAGUUAAAAUGUUAUCACUUCUUAAAUAUGAUUUAGUAAUUCACCAUUAACAUGAAUUUAACUGGAUACUUUCCCAUUUGAAAUCAGAACAUUUCUGAUUAUAGUUUCUUAUACUGCUGUGUUGGUUUACCCAUGGCUUGUGUUUAUUUCUUAAAGGCAUGUAAAGGUAAUUAAUAAGAUUUAAGGUCCCAACUUUCUCCAGCAAUAGUAGUUUUAAAGGAUGCUGUUCCAGUAGAAAAGUUCUUGUUCAUUGAGUAAAAAGAUAAUCUGUAGUGAGUUAUGAUGCACUGCUUCUUUCUUUUCUCUCAAGCACUAUUGAAAUAUGAAGAAAAAAAUUUGUUUGGCUCCUUACAGCAUAUAUGUAUGUAUGUGUGUGUAUAUAUAUCCUAAGGAUUAGUGGAUGUUGAGGUAGUCAAGUUGCAUAGUUAUUUCAUUGGAAACUAGUAACUGAGCUUUAACUGUGACUUGUUCACACAUUGGUAUGUUUUAGAUACAACCGAUAUUUACAUUUUUAUGUAUUUGAUCUAUUUUAGUUUUUUUCAUAGCUUUUUUAGUGGAAAAUAUAUUUUGUGUAGCACUACCUGCCUUCUGAAAAGCUCUUCUCAGCCUUUUGAUUCCAAAUUUCCCAGUUAAAAUAUAUAGUAUUUUGUUAGAAAAAUGUGCAUGAUUCAGGGAAAGAUGCUAACAUGCACAUUUGUCAAGAAAUACAUUGGCUUUAAUGGUAGCAUUUGAAUUCAGCAAUAUAAACUCAGCCUUGUUAAGAAAGAGUGACACUUCCUACAUAAAUUCUAGAGCUGUAAUUUUGUGUAUGCACAUAAACAAUUACAUCCAAGGUUUAAACUAUUUUUUUUUUGUUGGGUUUUAGUAAAAGUUGUGCUAAAAUGGACAAACCAAUGAGCAGUUCCUCUGAACUAAAAUGGAUAACCAAUACCAAAUAGAGAUGCUUUUUAUCUGGAUUUAGGAAAAAUGAAGUCUAUAAUUUCUUCUUAUGGACAGCUUCCAGUUUCUUCAAAGGAAGAUUUGAUAAAAAUUUGCAAGAACAGAAGUAUACGAAGCCGAUAGUGCAGAUUGGUACUGUUUGCUAAAUACAUUCAUAUCCAAAGAUCUGUAGAAACCAUCGGAAGGAGUUGUGUUUUGAAUUGUUCAGUCAUAUACAGUUGACAAAAGUAAUACUGUUUAGAAUAGCAAUGCUGUUCUGAGAGUUUGACUCUACUUUGAAUAUCCUUAACAUGUUUCCAGCUGUCCACUGACCCUCACAAGCAGUUGGCAGAUCCUUAUUUUGCUUUGUUUUAUGGUAUACUAGUAGCAAUACAUGACUGGUUUCCUUUUUCUUCUCUGACUUUCAAAAUGAAUGGAAAGAGAAAUAAAGUUGGAGUUACUAGGCAGGCGUUUUUACCACAAGCAAACCUGUUCAUCUUAGAACAAAUGUUCAGGUGUUCAGCCUCUCUACAUGUAGCCAACAGACACUGGAACCAAUCUAGAUGUCAUCCAGCACACCACAGAUGUAUGACAAGUUCAUGAUGAUAGUGCAUUUAGCAGAUAAGCCUCUUCAAUAAGAAGUUGCAUUGUAAAUCACCAGCUCAAUGACAGUGUAACAUGAAUUAUUUUUGUUAAAUGUGGACUGUAUUAUUUAACAACUUUUGUCCCAAUUAUUUCAACUUUUUUGCAUGAGUUUAAGAUUGCCAACUUGUCCAAGUGCUUGAUUUGUGUUAUCCACAUGUAGGGAUAUAACUAGUAUGUAACAAGUUACUGUGGGUCAUCACAGCAAAUUACUGUCACCUUUUUCAAGUGACUUAAAAAAAAUACUGGUUCAAUGAGAUUUUUUCCUAUUGGAUAAUGCAAAUAAUUUGGAGGUGUAGUCUGAACUGAUACUCUUUCAGUUUUCAAAACUAAGUAUGUGGUUUUUGAUUCACAUGAAAAGAAAAAAAAAUAACAAAUAAAUAACAAAGAAACAAGAAUCAACGAAGCUCAAACUUAAUCAAAGACAGUUUAAAACUGCAACUGCUUGUUCAGGAAAAUCAAAAUUCUCAGUUUUGUAAUUAUUCUGUAUCUGCUGUCAUUAACACAAAGUUUGUAUGAAAGGUGCCUAACAGCUAUUAACUUAGAAGCCGUGUAUCUUUCCAAAUUAAACCAGACUUGCAGAAUGAUUGAAUUAAGUUAAACUUUUGAGUGAUUCAUCUUAAUUUCAUAUAAACUGUUUCAUUCUGUGUGUAAGUCCUCAAUAUAUUUAAACAUUUGCUGGCUCUCAUUUUUGCUUGUAUUUCUAAUUUUGCUUCCUUUUGGUUUAUUUCUGAAACCCAUUACGCCACAUGUAGUCGCUGAUACAAAUUUUGAAAUACUAUUGAAAACAAACUUCAAUUUGAGACUUCUUGUUUCUAAAAACAAGUCAGCCACAUUUUGCCAGGUAUUUGGGUUGCUUUGUACAGCAUAUCUUAACAGGAGGAAUGUGUGCAAUAUGUAUCACCUCAGUUUUGUCUGGCAACGUUACAAAAAUGUUAAGAUGCAAUAUCUUCCUUUCACUUCAAGUAGGAAAAAUUGCAGCAUCUCUAAUUUGGUGGUGUGUUUAUUCCUGUCUAUUCAGUGUAUGGGCAUAUGGUUAGUUAAAGGGUUUUUUUUGUUUUUUUUUUUUUAAUGUAUAUUAUGUGCUUUUAGUAAUUUUUUUUUGUUUGUUUUAUCACUUCUGUGGAUGCACCAGUUGUAUCCCUUUUUGCAUGUUCUUUCAAAAUGAAGGCCAUGGGGAAGGGGGACUUCAGGAGAGAUUUCUGGAAACCGGAAUAAUUGUAAGUCAACAAAUGUAGAUACUGCAUCUUUAAUGUUUUUGGUAUGGUAUGGAUUUUAUAGCACCUAUAUAUGUUUGCAGUUAAGUUAUUGCAUAAAUGUUUAAGAAUGAGCAUUUUUCAUCCAAAAUUUUGUAUGUUUGCAAAUAUAUUUUUGUAAUAAAACUUCAAAACAUGUUUCAGCACCUCCUAAAA